UAAAAGAAAGAGUCUCUUUUCAGGAGACUUGUAUGGAACCCACACUACUCUUUUGUUGUGUUUCCCCUUACGACAACAGCAAUGCCCCCAACAGUGACAGCUACAACAACAACAACAACGAUAGCGGGAACAGUAACUGUCCCUGACGACAAAGAAAACAACAAUUGGCCAGCUUUGCCUGAAAACAUGACAGCUCCUGUCAUUGGCAAUGUAAAGUCCAUUGCAUGGGAUGUCGCUUCUUUUUGGUCCAACAAACUUUAUGACCAGCUCGUUGAUCCCGCGAACCCUAAAGCAUACUAUAACCACCUUCUUAAAGUUGCAACGAAUUAUGAGCAAUGGGCCGAGGCUGCAGCCUUGUUAGACGAUCUCGAAGGCCUUGAUGCUUGGAAGCGCGAUCCAAUGGAUAAAGAAUACGACUGGGAACUUAUCCAGACUCGACUACAACAACUCCGUCGGGUCCGUGAAACCACGCAAAGCCAAUCGGCCAUGAUCUUUACACUGCGCACGAGCUUGAGCAGAAACUUGGGCGACAUGGGCAACUCUAAGCUGUACGCGCACAGCCGGAUCGGGACCAAGACAUUGAUCUCGUCGUAUAUCGAAGAAGUCGUUCGUCAACUCAACUGGGUUUGCGACGCACCGAGUCCAGAAUUGGACUUGCGCGCCAAACAUGAAUUCUUCAUGACCAUCCGUCAAAGCUUUGGUCGUACUGCACUACUGCUGAGUGGUGGUGGUACGUUGGGUCUGAAUCAUUUGGGGGUCAUCAAAUGCUUGCAUAGUGCGCGCUUGUUGCCACGCAUCAUAUCUGGUGCGUCGAGUGGAAGUAUCGUGGCAGCCAUGUUGUGUACCAAGACAGACGAAGAGAUUCCUUACAUGUUUAAUCCUACUGGGAUCAAAUUGGAUGUUUUCGAGCGAAACGGACAUCCGGAUACACCAUGGAUGAGACUACAGCGACUCAUGUCAAAAGGCCAAUUGUACGAUAUAGAGAUUCUGCAGGAUGCCAUGCGCUGUAACCUUGGUGAUAUGACAUUUCAGGAAGCAUUCAACCGCACACGAUGGAUUCUGAACAUUACAGUCAGCUCGUCCACUGUGUACGACAUGCCCCGCCUCUUAAAUUAUCUCACAGCCCCCGAUGUCAUUAUUUGGUCAGCCGUAGCGGUCUCAUGCUCGGUUCCUUUCUUUUAUGGCUCGUCACAAUUGUAUGCAAAGGACAAAAAUGGAAACAUAGUACCAUGGAAUCCAAGUGAGCAACUUUAUAUCGAUGGCUCAGUAGACAACGACCUACCGAUGAACAAGCUAUCCGAGCUAUUCAACGUCAACCACUUUAUUGUUUGUCAGGUGAACCCUCAUGUGAUACCCUUUCUUCCUAGAACAAAUUCCCCUUCCCGUGCACGGCAAGCUGCUGGUUUCUGUAUGCACAUGGCCAAAUCCGAAAUCCAGCAUCGUUGUACUCAGUUGACAGAGCUAGGCGUGGCACCCUCUUUCUUCAACAAAGUCCAAUCCAUCAUUUCACAGAAAUACUCGGGCGAUAUUACCAUCAUUCCCGAAGUGAGUUAUGGAGACUUUCUUAGAGUUCUUUCCAAUCCUACCAAUGAUGCUGUAAUGGAUGCUAUUAUCCGUGGUGAACGCGCAACGUGGCCAAAAAUUUCCAUUAUCAAGAACCAUUUACAGAUCGAACUCACGAUUGAUGCUAUCCUUUAUCGUCUUCGAUUAAAACGAUUAGCUGAAUUACCCUUCAAUACUGGGAAUGCAAGCAAUAGCACGCCGUUGAUCAGUUCGGUGUCUUCGACAACGUCAUCCCGGCCUACAUUGGAAAACAGAGCAUCGUCGCAUCUCGAUAUACCCAGAGGAAACCGAGAACGUCUAUCCGCUCAAAGAGGAUUGACCAUGACAGCACAGCGUGCAGAUAACAACAGCAGCAGCAGCAGCAGCAACAACGACACCAACAAUAAGACUGAGAAUAAUACAAAUGAUGCAUACAUAAUAGAAUGAUGAUGAUGAUGAUAAAAGCACAUUCGGGGCAUAUAUAAUAAAUGUAUUUCUUGUUUGGAAAAAAAAUUGGAUAACUGUACAUGAGGAGGGAAAUGAAGAUGAAAUGAUGAGGAUGAUGGUUAUGUUGUUGUUGUUGUUGUUGUUAUUGUUGUCAAAACAAGACAGAAAUUGUCAUCGCAUAAUAGCAUCGUCAUCGUCGCUAUUAUUGUUGCUGUUGUUGGUUUUGAGUUGUUGAUUUUCAUGUUGAAGUGCCUGGAUGCCAGUAGAAGUUAGAGCGGAAGGUUUCUGUAAAAGGAAAAUAAUGCUAAAUGUGGAUCUG